UAUCUGAGGACGAACUCAAGAAGAGAGAGGCGUUGGAGGCCUCACGCAUCAGGAUGCAGGAAAGGCUUAACGCCGAAGUUGAACGCCGUAAAACGAAAUUGGAGGCGGAAAAACAUGGAGCAAGCUUAAGAAGAAAUGAGUCGAUUAAAAAUACUGAAGAAAGGAUAGAACAGAAUGAUAUUUCUUCGAAAGAUCGAGGUUGUGCGAAAAAUCCUAAGAAAACAUCCCUUCGUGCAAAUGAUUAUAAUCCUCUAAUGAGCAACUAUUCCCCUUCUUGUCGUUACCGACCUUCUGGAAGGUUUGGCCCCAGGGGAGGAUGAGGUUAAAGAGUGCGGCGGUCUUCUCCGUCGCACGUCUCGUUUGAAAACUGCAACAGACUCUUCCGGACUGGUGCGAUACCAUGUGUUAAUGACACUGCUGAGCCCAAAGUGGAUUCCUUUCCAAAGCCAGCGGUCGAUGACAUCGCACUGUCUCGGAUAUGGUUUCAAAUCUGUUUUGCUUUCUCAUUCACAGUCAUACUCCCAACCCGAUUUUAGUAUGUGAGAACACAUAAUUAAUUUUGUACAUGAACAUGUGUUGUAUGCCUUUCCGCUUGAGCGAAAAUGUGAAAAAAUGUCUCAGAUGACUCAAUCCCAUCUCGAGCGCUUCUUUUUUACUUCAGUCUGAGGCGUAGGCGGCGGGGGCACCGGGGCUGGAACGGGAGCAGGUGAAGGAACAGGUGUUGGCGUAGACACCGCAGGCGUGUAUAGGUCGACUGGUGU